AUGAGUGGAUAUGUUUUGGCCCAGCCAGGGCCCAAACACCCGCUGUGGCCGGCGGUGCGGCGCCCGGAGUGCCUGCGGCUGCUCCUCGAGCGCGGGGCGGACACCCACAAGGCCCCCGGGAUCAUGGAGCAGGCGACCAGCACCAACAACCGCGACGCCGUGCGGCUGCUGCUGCAGGCCGGCGUCGACCCGGACUCCAAGAAGGACGGCACCUACACGCCGCUGUGCUCGGCCAUCCGCGACAACCGCCCGGAGCUGUUCACGAUGCUGCUGGCGCACGGCGCGGACCCCAACCUGCGGGCCUUGGAGCUCCCCGCGUGGAAGUGCAUCACUCAUCCUGACUGA